AGAGAGAGAGAGAGAGAGAGAGAGAGAUCACUUUGGGAGAGGCAGAGUUUCUGUUUUCCUCUGAUAUUUGUUUAUGUUCCUAUGCAUACGUAAUUAACGGUGAUUAGCGCUGUCUCGUGGAUGUACAAUAUCUGCUCCUUAUAACCCAUGAACGGACACAUCGAGCGCUCAGCUCUGUCCGCGGAGAGGAGAGGAGACGGGAAGCGGCUGCUGGAAUAGUGGAAGACGAGAUCAGGAAAGCACAGGAGCUGAGGCAGCCGAGGGGUUACACUACAAAUUCUGCAAUGGAAUAAGCCACUGGGUUAUCAACAGUUGUGGGCUUUGUCCUCAACACUUGUUGUUUUCAUUUUAUUUGGCACUUAUGGAUAACCGUGACCACUCCACUGCCUCGCGGCAAACUUUCUUCCAAGCACUUUGACGGAGUUCCCAAACAGAACAGUGAAGCUACUUCAGAACGGGAUAUGUACAGCAGCCUGCUCUGCUCUUUACCCACUACCUAUGGUCUGAUCCCGGAAUAUUGUUUUGUUUUAUGUCUAGUGCAGUCUUUGGAAGUUGGAAAUAUGCAGGUAUGAAGCUGGUGUAGUUUUAGCCUUUCAGUCACAGCCUUCACUAAAAUGGCCAGUUUUGAGGCUUUGGCGCACGGCUCCCGCAGGUUGUUGUGGCCUGUUGGUUGUGUGUUUUUGUUUUGGGGCUGUUUAUCCGUGGCCUCCCCCUCACACAGCCGCAGGUUAAUCUGCUGGCAGGCCAUCAUGAACUGUCAGACGGAGCCUGAGUGCCAUUACGCAUAUGGACAAUACAUGCACGCGUGCGCCGCUGUUCUGAGCGGGGUCAGGAAGAAGUGUCCCAGUCACUGCAUCUCCUCUCUUGUGCAGCUCAACCUGACGAAGAACGGGCCUGCGCUGGAGGACUGCAGCUGUGCGUCGGACCCCAUCUGCCGGAACACCAAGCGGGCCAUCGAGCCGUGCCUCCCCCGGACUAGCAACACGGGCUGCACCGAGGCCCGGAGGCAGUGUGAGAGAGACCAGCACUGCAGCUCCGCCAUGCGAGACUAUUUAAUCUACUGCGGGAAGCUCUUCAGCGGGGCAACCUGCACGAACGCUUGUCGGAAUGUGAUCGCAGACAUGCGCAAAAUACCCAAAGCGGAGCUGUUGGAUACGUGCGUGUGCGACGGGACUGAGAGGACCAUCUGCGAGUAUGUCAAGAUUAGCAUGAAGAACCUGUGCUUCGAAGCUCCUGUGAUGGUGGAGGACGGCAGCGGGUCAGAGGACUACGAGGAAGAUGAUGAGGACUUCCCGGUGUCAGGCCCAGAGUUCGUGGGGAGGAGCACCGGUUCAGGUGGCUCUGCUGUGGGAAGCUGUGGUGUUGUGACCGCGGUGACUGCAUCCGCCCUGGUUCUACUAGCGCCUCUUCUCUAAACUC